CAGGCAGCAGUUGUGCCUGCUCUCUGGCGGUCUUCCUUGAGCGUCUUCCGUGUGGAGUUUGGGGGGCCAUGCUGUUGGCACCUCACCCAGAGGGAGGGCCGAGGCCCCAGCACCCACUUCUGAACUGCCCCCCCCUCCCACCCAGCUCUCUUUCGCUUUGUCUGGCUCCCUCUUGCUCUUCCUUUCUUUGUAAUCCAGCCAUGCCGCAGCGCCAGGGCGAUUAGCAGAAUCCGCACACAGACCUUCCCCCUCGAUAUUUCAGGGCUCAUUAGCAAAACGAUAAUUCCUCAUUAGCUGGAAAAGCUCGUCCAUUUGAACAAAACGGAUGCCCCAAAGAUGCCAGCUGCUAAUCCUGAGCUCUGCCGCUCGGCAGUAAAUCCCAUGCCAGUAUUUUCCGUGUGAAAAAACGCGCGCCAGUCCCCCGUUUUCCCCUUGUGGGGGGUUUCCUUUUUGGAUGAGGAGGGGAACGACUCCACGGUUGGCGUGUUUUGUAAAUUCCUCGUAAGCGAGUAGCCCAUUGGUAUUCCCGUGGCAUGACUUUGUUUCUGUGUCUUCCUUUUGUCUCCAGCGCCCGUCCCUGGCUCCGAGCCCGAUGCCAGCCGAACACCUCCCAGGGUCUCCAACAGCAGCAGCAGCACCACAAGCACCCAUGUAAGCCUCCUCUCCCAGUGUCUCAGAUGGGUCCAGAUAGGCAUGUGGCGUUGCAGGUGGAGGACUUCCUCUUCAGACUCGGCCCUCAGCUGCAGGAAGCCAUUCAGCUGCAGGACGCAGCCAAGGCAGAGCUGGCUGUUCGGGAACAGAGGACCUGGGAGCCUGGGACCCGGCGGAGGGAGGUGCAGGCAGUGCUGGACCAGAAGCGGCAUCAGAGCCGGCAGCCGGCAGGUGAUCCGGAGGCUGGCAAGACACACCAAGAAGAGGAGCCCUUUUUGCAGUUCAAGGAGGAGCCUUGCAGACAACUGACCUCUUUGGCAGGAGGCCUGAAUGAGGCAUGGAGGGGCCCCAGGUGGGGGCAAAGACUGCAGGCCCUGGAAGAUCAAGUGCCCAGCCAGACAUGGGGCUCCUGUGUGGAAGGGAAGGCAGGCCCUCUAAGUGGAAGAGAAGGAGGAGAGUGGCUGGGCGUGCUGCAUGGGGAACGAUCCAGAGCCUGGGCGAAGGUGCUCUUGGAGGAACUGCACGAUGCCCACCUUCUGGCCCAAGGAGCGAUGGCACAGCUGGUGGUGGCCGAAAUGGAGGCAGCCGCCCUGAGGAGCAAGUACAGGCUGGCCCUGGAGGAGGCGGCCGAGAGCAACCAGGCUCUACAGAGCCUCCGAGAGAACCAUGGAGUCUUGGAGCAGAGUGCGGCUGAGAAGGAGGUGGACUGUGGUCAGUUGGAGAGCCAGGCCCCAGAGCAGCUGGAAGACCUGUGCAGGGCGCAGGAUGAGGUGCAGCAGCAUGAGGACACCACCCAGGAGCUCCAGGACACUUUAGCUGCCUCUCAGGAGGAAGUGAGCUCCAGGUUCUUCUGCACCCAAGAAGGUGGGAUUAAAGCACUGCAGAGGAAGGGGCACUUGAAGGAGCUGCAGGUGGGCCAGCAGAAGGGGAUCCUGAGCACAGAGCAGCACACAUCCCAAGGGCCCCAGGAGGAGCUGGGUGCCCUGAAGGAGUCCCUGCAAGAGGCCCAGGAGCAACAGAGUGCUGGGAAGGAGCCUGAAGUGACCACCCUCCAAACAAGGCUCCAUCACUUGCAGGACAAGCAACAAGAACCAAGGAUGGUGGAGCAGACAGGCCUCAUCCUGCAGCUCCAGCACGAGCAGAAAACCUUCCUCAGGCAGAGCCCAAGCGCAACGACCCACUCGGCUGGCAUGGAAGAGCUGCAGGUUAAGCUGCAGCACCUGCAGGAGGAGCUGGACAUCUGCAAGGGCCGCAACCAGGAGAACCUGAGCAAGCUGCAGGCCCGUGAGAGCACCAUGGAGGAGCAGAGCCUGGACCUGGACCACCUCCUACAGCAGUGCCAAGCCCUCAAGGAGAAGCUUGUCUACUAUGAGGAGGUGGCCCAGAAGCAGGAGCUGACCCUGGCCCAGCAGCACCAGCGUGAGCGGCACCUGCAGGAGCGCCUGGCCCAAGCUGAAGGCAGCACCAGCCUUCUGGAGGAGAGCCUGGCCAUCUACAAACAGAAGUACCAGGCCUCGCUAGCCAGAACUGGGGAGCUGGAGAGCCGCCUGCAGCGCCUGGAGGAGGAGCUGGCCAACCAGGCCAAAGCCAGGGAGGAGGCCAUCCUGAAGCUUCAGGCCGAGCGACUUGUCUGGCAAGAGGAGCUGGAGGGCAAGUGCCACCAAGCCAGUUGCACCGAGGAGGCCAUGGAGCAGCUGGCACGGGAGCUGAGCCAGAGCCGGCAAGUAGCCAGCCAAUUCGAGGAGAGCAUCCGGGGGCUGCAGCAGGAGCUGACAGACAGCCGGACUAAGCUCCUGGGUCAAGAAGGGGCACUGGCAGCUCUGCAGAGGGACUUUGCCUCAUACAAGACAACCCACAGCUGUUCCAACAGCAGCUAUGAAAACCAAGUGCUCCACACAGAGGCUCUCCAGCAGAGGCUGCAGGAAGCCAUAGAGGAGAGCGCAGAGCAUCAGCAGGAGGCCAAGGAGUACAGGGAGUUGGUGCAGGACCUGAAGCUGGAGCUGGUGCGAGUUGUGGAGCAGAAAGGCACCGCCUUAAAAGGCCUAGAGCGCCUGGAGUUGACGGCACAGAGCCUGCGGCUGGAGGUGGCCGCAGAGCGGGAGAGGCGGGAGACUGAGGCAGGCGCGCUUCAGCAGCAGGCCCAGCAGUUGGAGCUGGAGCUCAGGCAGAGCCGCCAGGCAUGUGCCCAGCAGGAGCAGGCUGUCCGGAAGCGGGACGAAGUGCUGCACAAGUCCCAGGUGGAAAUGCUGUGUGCCCGGAGUGCCCUGCAGGAGAAAGGCCAGGAGUUAGAGCAGCAGCGUGCCCAUGCCCAUUGCCUGGAGGCCGGCCUGAAGGAGGCUCACAAGGCAUUGGAGGAGAGCCAGGCUGAGAGGGCCACUUUGCGCUCCGAGGCCAAGGUGCUGAGGCAGAACCUGCGAGAGAGCCAGGAGCGGCACCAGCAGGCCGCCCAGGAACUAGUCCGGCAGGAGGAGCAGCUGCUGCUGGCUCAGAACAGCCUCCGCACGGCCCAGGAACACCUGGAGGAGCGCGUUGCUGAGGUAGUGCUCCACUCAAAGGCCACCCACCGGCUGGAGGCUGAGGUCCAGGCCCUGAGUGAACGGGCGGCCAGAGCUGAAGACGAGCUCCAACAGAAGAGCGACCUCAUAGAGUGCCUGACGGAGGAGUUGAGCCAGUCGCGGCGGCAGCACCAGGCAGUGGCCGAGGAGGCCCAGCAGCAACGCCAGGCCGCAGCUAGGAUGGAGCGGAAGCUGGAGGGCAGUCGCGAGGGACUGAGGAGCCUCCAGCAGCAGGUCCAGGGGCACGAGUCAGUGCUGGAAGGGCUGCGGGCAGAGCUCGGGCAGCAGAAGCAGCGGGAAGAGGAGCUAAAGAGGAGGCUGCAGGAGGCCCAGGAGCGGGAGGGGCAGCUGGCCCAGGGCCACAAGGACCUGCAGCGCCGGCUCCAGAGCAGCCAGUGUCAGCUGCAGGAGGCCGAGUGGAGGAACCAGGGGUUGCAGCUGUGUGUGGCCGAGCGGGAGGCCGAGGGACAAGCCCUGCGGGAGAAGCUCAAGCACCAGGUUGCAGAACUGGAGGCGGCCCACAGCAGCCUGGAUGCGGCGCAACUAGAGCUGCAGCAGCAGGCGACUGAGGCGUUGCGUCAAGAGGCAGCCCUUGCUCAGCUGCGCUCGGAGUUCCGUGCCCUCCAGGAGCAGGAGAAGAAGAGCCACCAAGCCCUACUGGCAGCCCAGGAGCUCAAAGCCCAAGCAGCCUGCUGCCAGUCCAGCCAGAGGGAGGCCAUGGAGAAGCUAGAACAGAAAACGCGGGAGGCCUCCUGUCUACAGGCAGAGCUGCAACUGGCUCAGCACAAAACGGUCCACUUGGAGGAGCAGAUUGCCCGCACUCAGGCGCAGCUGCAAGAGCUGUUGGCCAGUCAGAGAGAGCGGCAGCAAGAGGUCUGUCGUGCGGAAGAGAGGCUGCAGAACCUGGGCCUCCAGGCGCAGCGCUGGCAGAAGGAGAACCGUGCGGCCCAGUUGACUCUGGAGGAGAAGGAUGAGGAGCUGGUGGUCGCCAAGGUGGAGCUGGCGGCCGCCGAGGAGCGAUGGCGCUGCAUGGCCGAGGAGAGGGACGAGCUGCAGAAUGAGGCCAACCUUCUCCGGCAGAAGUUUGUGGUCUCCAGCCGGGAGGUGGAAUCCCUGCAGACCUCCCUGGAGGCCGCCCAAUCCGACAGCCGGCGCCUGCAGCACGAGAGCGAGCUGGUGAUGGCCAACGUCAGCCAGUGGGUGACGGAGCAGAAAAAGGUCAAUGAGAAGCUGGGCUGCAAGAUCCGGGACCAGAUCAAGCACAUGGCUCAACUGACAGGCGAAAGAGACCACCUUCAGGGACUGACGCAGAGGCUGGAGCAAGAGAACAAGCGGCUGAAGAACGAAGCGGACGACCGGCGCAUUGAGUGUGAGCGCCUCAAGGCUCUCCGCAAUCAAGACCUGGACUCAUCCAAAGCAUGGCAGUGCUCUACGUUCCCAGUGGAGAGCUCCCCCCGGUUGCUUCAGAGGAAGAGCCAAGUGCUGGCCACAGAGUGGAACCGCCCUUAGCCCCCCCCCCUCCCCUCGGGUGGCUGGUCCCGCUCUCCUCGACCUUUACCCUCCAAACAACCCCUUCUGGUCCUGUGGUGCCCGGCUCCGGGAGCUGCAUCCCCACUGCAAUCAUGUGCCUUUGCCAGAGAAGAAGGGAAGAGACUUGUGCAAAUACUAAGCCAAUAAACGGAGGCAGCUCCGCUACCUCCCCCAAGAAGGGA